CUCUCUCUCUCUCUCUCUCUCUAUUUAUUUUUUUAUAUAUAAAGAUGGGAGUCUCAUUGUUAGCUUAUGUAGUUACGUUUUUUAUUUUUUGCAUCAAUUAUGUAUUUACCUUGUGUGCAGUUAUUUUUCCUAAAUGGCUGACUUUUGUUACACCCGUUCCGUUUUAUAUGGAGACCAACUAUGGCCUGUUUAAAUUAUGCCGAAGUAUGACAAGAGAGUGUAGACCGUUUCCUUCUUCAGAACAUGGGGAUUGCCAAGAAGAUGGAUUCUGUGAGCUCUGGCGAGCAGCAGCAGCGGGUAUGGUUAUUGCCACGAUUCUUGGUGGAUUGACCUUGUUUGGUAUUUUGGCUACAAUGUGCAGUGAGCGACGUAAGCGAUCUCAAGCCUGGGCACCUUUAUCCUUCAUGUUUUUGAUCUAUGCCAUCCCACAAGCAUUCUCAAUGGGUAUUAUUGCGUAUUUAUUCAACACGAGUGCGACAUUUUACAUGGGAACAAGGUACAAUUUUUCAUUUGUGUUGAGUAUCAUAAGUUGGUGUCUGGCUGUGAUUUUGGCGGUAAUUUUAUCUUUGGUGGGUAUCAUGAGUCCACCGGAUUAUUCGUACCAACGCAUUUGAUUUUGAUUUCGGUGUAAGCGGAUAACGUCCGAAAAGUUUUUUUUUUUACACGUUUUCAGUGUAGUACAAGAGCGAAGAAUAAAUAAAAUUUUAACCACGUAAAACCUUUUUUUUAUGGCUGCGGCUAUAA